CGUAGUUCUUGUUUCUGCUUCCUUUCAAUACUCCUCGGCCUUCGUGAUUCUUUAUUUUGAUAAUUAAUUAGGUUCUUCUUCACGGAGCUUGGCUUUCUUUCAUGAACUAUAGGUUUCGUUGAAUUUGGGUGGCUUUUUCCCUUCGUUCCCUUGUUCUGUGUCCUUCGUAUAGCGACUUAGAAUCUUUUUCUCUAGGCCAUUUCCCAUCUGGGUUAUGCUCAUACAUGUCUUUUAGUUUUUGAGAUUGUGCAGUGCCGUUAGGAAGAUUGGUUCUGGCGCAUUUUAUUGUGUAGUUACGAUCCAUAUUUUGCUAUUACAAUGGUCAUCGAGUAGAUUGGAUGAAAUGGAUCCGUCUAUCCUGCCCCAAUCUGGUUGGAUUUAAUUGACGCCUUGUUGAGUUGGGUUAUACUCUAACAAUCAAACUUUCGCUUGUUGCUAACAUGCAAGGCAUAAGGAACUCCAUCUUGAGCCAUGUGAGGCUGAGAAGUUUUGCUCAACAGCAACUGCUCACUCAGAGAAAAAAUGUCUUCAAGCAACUGCACCAGCAAAUGUGUGCAUUAAGUGGUUCAAGCCCUGAUCAAAUUAUGGACCGAGUGAUAGGAUUGGUUAAGAAAUUUGAUAACAUUGACGCUGCCAUGGUUACUGAAACAGCUUAUUUCCAGAAAGAUUUGUCCCUUGACAGCUUGGAUAGGGUGGAGCUUGUUAUGGCUUUUGAGCAAGAAUUUUCCAUGGAAAUCCCUGAUGAGGAAGCAGAUAAGCUUACUUGUUGUGCUGAUGUUGCGAAGUACAUAGCUUCAGGAGCUGAAAAGAAGACUUCUGCCUCCUGAAUUGAUUUUAGUAUACAACAAGGGCACUCUUGAUGAUAUGUUAUGCAGAUUAUUGAUGUAUUCUUAGAUGUCUAGUUUUGGCAUUAACUUCAUCACUUCUCAUUCUGAUCAUAUAUAACGGUUGUCAGACCCAUGAUCACUUCUAGUUUCUUUUAUUGAUACUGUGCUAGUGUCAUUGUUUACAGAGCAAGACUGGAAAUUUUCUUGUAUCUAUCACAGCCCGCAUUGUUGUUUUCAA